CCUGGUCCGGUCAUCUUUGCCAAGGGAGUCAAUAAUCAGCUAAGAGGCGACUUAUCACUGAUAAGGGCUUCCCCGUGUUUGUCUUUCCAUAGAAUACGCAGAAUUAUAGCCGCCCCUCCGCCCGUGACAAUAGGUCGAUUCUUUCAAUAAAGCAAUGGGUGACUAAGACUUCUUCCCGCUCCCUCCCGGCCUCGGCAGCAGGAGGAAGAGCCUUGGCAAACCUUUCAGAAACACCUGGACGGAAUACAGGCUCUUCGGCGUACUCUUGAGAGCCUGCCCUCGUGUUUUCGCUUGAUGUAUUUCUAAAGAACGCAGGGUGGGGGUAUUCCAGACCAAACACAGUCCAUUCGGAUGGUCUGCAACACGUGGCCCCUAAGUAAGGGUGCUUGAAGGAUAAAGAAAAUGGAAAGGCCCUUCAAGAUUCGUAGAGAAGAACAUUGUGCCGUAUGUCUACUGAAAGAGCAAGCACCAAGCACCUGUUUUUGUGUUCCUAAAGAAGCUUCUUGAAUAAAAAAAUCAGACAUUUUCAAGGAAAAAAACCAAGAAAGGCCAAUUGCUUUUUGGGAAAGCACCUUUGAGACAAUUGUUCUAACUAUUCUUCAAGAUAAAAGAAGAGGAAACCAGGAAUAUAAACUGAAGCUAAAUGCAAAAUAACGAAGAGAGAGAUGGAGAGGAAGAAGAAGAGAGAGAUCCAACUUCACAGAUGUGUUUGUGUUUCAUAGAUGUGUGUGUAUGUGAAAUAAUUCCUCAAUGCCAUUUCCUUUUCACUUUCCAUUCUGGAUCCUGACAUCCUCCUCUUCAUCAAAGUCCUCUGGAUCUCUCCAUCUUCUAAGUAUAACCAUGCCAAAAAAGAAGGGACCCAAACGGGCUGUACUCAGUGAAGAAGAUCGGCUGCUUAUGAUGCAACAAAAGCUGCUGGCUGAGGAGGAAAUGAGUAAGAAGAAGGAGGACAUGUUGAUCCAAUUUCUAAAGGACAAGUUGGCCAAGGAGGAACGCAACAGCUCGGUGAAUCUCCAUAAGAUCAACUUGCAAUGGCGCACUGUUCUCCGUGAGGUCAAGGCCAGGGAACUGCGUAAAGAUAUUGAGAUUCUCAGUCAGACAUUUGAACGUGUUGUGGAUUGCAAAGACAAUGUCAUUAAGUCCUUGGCUAAAGACCUAGCCGAAGCAGAAGCUCAGUACACUCAUGCUCUACGCAGCCACUUACACAACAUAGAUCAACUGUUGAAACUCCAGAACUGCCGCCUGGGCUACUUAGAAGAGGAUUACCAGACAGAGCUGCAGGCAUUGCAGAAGGAGUUUGACACAGAGAGGAAGUUAAUCUUAGAGCAUCAUGACGAGGAGAGUCUCUACCUCCAGGAUGUAUUGUUAGCGAUGGAGCAGAACUUUGCUGAAAAUGAAUAUGAAGCCAGACUUGACUUCCAAAGCACACGGGAUGAUGUCAAAAAUAAGAACUUGGAGGACAAACAUUACCUUCGCAUACAGUUAGAAGGAAAAGUGGAAGAGCUGUGGAAGCGCUUUCAGCAGGCUUUACGUAACUACACAGAAGCAACAGAGGAUCGUAAAUUUGCUUUCGAAGCUCUCAAGCUCAGAGAUGAAAGGAGCACCAGGGAGAUAGAAAUGCAGAUGAAGAAAUUGCAGAAGAUGCAGGAUCUCAUUAUCACUCUGAAGAACAAGAUUGUGAUCCAGGCAAGGGAGAGCGAGGAGCAAAACCGGCGUGUUCGUGAUGAGAAGGAAGUGGUUUUGAAACAGCUGCAGAAGCUGAAGAGCCAGAUGAAUCGGGCAAGAGCUAAAGCCCGUAGCAACCUGGCUAAGCUGACGAAGGAAAGCAGUGCAACUCUCAAGGCCUUGGAACACGUGGUGGGAAAGGCAGAGAUAAUUCUGCGCCUGGCGGAAAUGUGCCGUAGGCUGGAGUCUGAGGAGGAGAAGGUGGUACCAUUUUACUCGAGCUCCCUGAACUGGGAAGAACAGAAGGCCGUCGAUAAGUUGGCUUUGGAAAAACCAGUUGAAUCACUUGCUCAGAUGAUGCUGAACUACGUGGGCCUGGAGCGCUUUUGGCAAAGAUACAACAAGGUGAGGCUGGAACAGCUCUCGCUAGAGCGGACUAAAGAUGUACUGAUGCAAGACAAUUUUAAGCUGAGGCAUCUUCUCAAGCAGUACUUGGAUGGCAUCUCAGUGAAUGAUGAAGUCCUGAGCCAGGUCAAUCCUCUGAUGAUAAUUAAUCAACCUACAACUGUCUCAGAUGGGUCUCAGGCAGCACCUGCCAGAGGGUCCCAAGCCAAGCGGCCCAUCUAUAAUAUUAUAGAGGCAGCACACGAAGUUUCUCAUAUCCUCUGAAUCGACAUUUGGUGAGUUCAAGCGGUUCUUUUCUGUUAUGUUAACACAGCUACUGGGCACAAAGAAGAGCCAGUCCAUUCCAGUUUCAGUCUGUGCUGGGCCCUUUUUAGAAAAAUUCCCACAAACUGCCAUUAAAUAGUUAAAUAGUAACUAAUGUGUCUUGCAGCUUUUUCUUCCAUGGCCAAUCCAAUCCAGAGUCCUGUACAAUGGAAGCUGAAGAUAUACCCCACGACUAUGUGUACAUUUUGAAACACAUCUGUCUUUGUACCUUUGCAGAGUAGACAUUUAAUAAAGCUUUUUUUCCUUUACCAAACCCUCUUUUUCCUCUCAAACUUCUUAUACCUAGUGUUUAAAAUUCCCCUUUCAAGAGCUUGAAACACUCUACAUGAGGAGGUGGGAAGUAGGCUUCAUGGAUGGAAACUCUAUGAAGCUACUAAAGAAAAUCCAACAAGGACAUUAUUUUGACGCCUUCGCAACCAGAACACUCAGCCUAUGAGCUGCUGAGAUGAUCUUUAUUCUAAGAUCUUGUCUAUCUUAUAAACUUAUACUUUAUACCAUGUAGUUGUCUCAGCUACAGAGUAGUAGUAUCUUGAUGCUGAUGAAUCAGUUAUUAAUCUCUCACUAUCCUUAUACGUUCUCAAGAUUUUUUGGGAGAUGAACACCAGUGUAAGUUUGGACUGUAAAUGGAGUUAGGCUACCUGUUACCAUUUAAGUCCUUUGGACAAGUUCCUAUCAUUCUCAGGCAGUACAAAGACUUGUUAAAUAUAUCCGAGGAAUUGUAAAGCGUUCUCUUAUUUUUAAUCAUUUUGUAGUAUGAAUGUUUAAGUAAAAUCUAUACUAUGAGGGCAUAUGAUUAAUAAAUGCCCCAUACAGACUUUA